UUGGAGUCCCACUCUCUCAGUGUGUUUUCCGUUAUAUCAACUUUAGUCGUUUUCGUUUCUUUAGUAUAUAGGAUGAAUAUGUUUGAAGGUGGAGCCAUCUGACGAUGAAUUGGUAAAGUGGAAUUGUGUUAUGAUCCGCCCCCUCGUGUUAUGAGAACAUUUAGAGUAUAUUAGACAGUUCUUGGAUUUUUUGUUUGGUGUUAAGGUGCGUUAUAACGAUGAGUUUCGUGUUCCGUUAAUGGGGUGGUUGAUUGCGCGUCGAAAGUUACAUCGAUAUUGACGAAAAAAUGACGGUGGACUUCAAUGAUUACUUUUGGGGGGCCAAAAACAAUGGGUUCGACGUGCUCUAUCAUAACAUGAAAUAUGGGUUGGUUGCAAGCAAAGAAUUGGCCGACUUCCUCAGGGAAGUUUCUAAUUUGGAAGAGAACAACUCCAAAUUACUUGCUAAGCUUGCUAAACAAGCAGGCAGCUGCUGUACUCAAGGAACUUUUGCGCCUCUUUGGCAGGUUCUUAAGGCCUUUGCAGAAAAGUUAUCCCUGCUUCAUAUUCAAAUGGUACAAAAGGUUACUGAUCUAGUCAAGGAAGUUAGUAAAUAUGCAGAAGAAUUACAUAAAAAACAUAAAUCAGUGAAAGAAGAUGAAUCGGGUACUUUAGAAGCUGUACAAGCAAUGCAAUCAAUAACAAUAAUGGUACAAAAGACGAAAGACCUUUACACACAAAGAGGUGUGGAAGUAGAGAAGCUUAAAAAAGAAAACUCGUCGCCUAAAGAAAUAGAAAAAGCUGAAGUAAAGUUGAAAAAAUCCCAGGAAGAUUAUAGAUCGUUUGUAGAAAAAUAUGGUUCAACGAAAAGCGAUUUUGAGAAAAAAAUGUCGGUAACAUGUAAACACUUCCAAGAAUUGGAAGAAGCCCAUUUGGUACAAAUGAAAGAAUUCCUCAACACUUACGCUCAGUUAUUGUUAUGGACACACGAAGCUGUCGGUCAAGUUCACCAAGAAUUUCGAAAACAGUGUUUAGAAUUCACUGUUGAUCAGCUUCUUGAACAGUUUGUUUUAAGUAAAUAUACAGGACUUGAGAAACCAGGAUUGGUAGAUGUGGAAGAACCAAUGACAUCACCCGUCCAAGAUCCGGAUACAGCCAAACCAAUAAAGAAAGAAGGUAACGGGCCUGAUAUGUCGGGAUCACAGUCUAUGCCAACACAUACCAAACCUUCCCGUCGUACAACAUCCCUACUAAAUCUGUUUAUGUCUAACUCCCAGGGGUCACGUGAAGGCCGAGCCGGGCCCAGCAGCGCCCCGUCAAGUCCGACAAGUUCCGCUGACGGCCAGCAGAUGUCGCGUAAUGCCCAGCGAGGAUCCAAGUGGUUUUUAAGAAGUAGAAGAGAAAAAGUUAAGCAGAAGAAAACGAAAAAGAAAAAGGACAAUUCCGAUAAUCAAAGUAAUAAAGAAGAAAAAUCUGAUUUAGAAGAACGCGAAGAAGUAAAAGAAACCCCUCCGUUAGCAGAAGCUGAGCCAGAAGGACCGGAAUUAGAUACUGAAGGAUAUGCUGUCCAACCGGAAGCACCGAAACAUCAUUGGCCUAACAACGACAAACGAGGAUUUUAUUCGUCUUCAGAUUCUGAUUCCGAUGACGAUCGUGAAAAAAAUAGAAUUCAUGUUGAAAUUAAACCGUUGAAUAACGGUGCUGCUCCGAUAUCGGCUUCCGUUGAUGAAUUAAGAGCUACCGUUGAAAAUAUAUAUCUUUCACCUGUUGGUGGAGGUCUUGGUCGUCGAGGAUCCGGAUUAGACGGUCAAGAUAAUACUAUGAAACGAUCGCAAUCUGUUUCUCAACAAUUAGGAGCUAAACCCAGCAGUGAUUUACUUGGAUUAAAUUUAUUUCAAAGUCCCGCUGCUUCUAAUGCUUCCACGCCGACAAGUUCACAUCCGUACGCUCCGUUACAAAGCCCAUCUCAACCAACAUUGAAUUCCCCAACUUUAUCAGGAUCUUCAAGAUAUGGAGAAUUAGAUUUAUUUACCGAAGUUGGAGAUAUCCAACCUCCAUCAAGUGCCCCACCAAAAGUAAGACAAACACCGACACCAACAUCCGGUUAUAUGUCAAUUCCAAGACCGCCGUCUCGAAAAUCAGAAGCUCAUGCUCGUGGCCAUAUAAGUCCUGCGCCAAUAGCGCGAGCUGAUAGCGUUGGUAGUCUUGAAUUUAAAACGGCAGGAGUUCCCGUCGGGAUUUCUCGAGGACCUUCACCUUUAACAAUCGGCAUGGCCGAUACCAUUCCAUUAGCGGUUGCAUUUCACGAGAUUGUUCAUUCCUAUUUUCGCGGAGCCGACGAGACUAGCAUGUUUAGGUGCCAAGUAAAAAUGUCGGGCGAGAUGAUGCUAUCGUUUCCAGCUGGUAUUGUUACCGUAUUGGCUAAUAAUCCAAAUCCGGCUAAAUUAUCAUUUAGGGUUCGCAAUACCCAUCGAUUAAGCAAUAUAGUACCUAAUAAACAAUUAGUUUCUAUGGAUAAUAAGCAAAUUGGAGGGGAGAGCGUAUUGAUUGAGUUUAAUAUGACAGCGUUAAGUGCGUUGUUAAAAAAACAAUCAGAACAAAACCCCACCGCAUCGUAUUUUAACGUAGAUAUUCUUAAAUAUCAAAUAAAAUCAAAACCAGGAGCUAAUUCCUGUCCAUUCCAACUUGUUGCUUAUUGGAAGUGCGAGUCAUCGCAUACAAGUCUCAAAGUGGAUUAUAAAUAUAAUUCGCACGCGAUGAGUUCUCCGUCUCCAUUACUAAACGUAACCGUUACUGUGCCUAUAGAAGGAACUAUAAAGAAUUUGAAUUCGAAGCCAACUGCGCAAUGGGUCUCGGAGAAGAAUUUUAUUCAGUGGAAAUACACGGAAUUAUCACAACAUUCGGAGAAUCACGGUGUUGGUUCAAUGUUGGCACGAUUCGACUUGGAGAAUCAAGAUGGCCCGCUAACGCCAACGAUAAUCUCAUCGCAAUUUAAUUGCGAAGGAACAACAUUGUCCGGUUUAGAUUUUCAAUUGGUGGGACCCGGCUAUCGUCUGUCUCUAGUCAAACGACGUUUCAUUUCGGGUAAAUACAUCUGCGAUGGAGACCUAAAGUAUUCAACAUCAGGAACGGCGACCCCAUCAUCCGGGACAAGUACGGGAGGAGGCCACUGCUAGCAUUCCAACACAACACUGCCGCGGCCUGAGUUCCUGGCAAUUCUCUCCAAUCCACCAACUCUCCGUUUCACGCUUCGGCGCGACCAUUUUUCAGUUGGCUUCGUUCGCGUUUAAAAGUUACGUCUUUAUUUUUAUUCUGACGGAAAAAUACAACUUUUAUUUAUUAGUAUUUUAAUGUUACUAUGCAUAUACCUAUAUAGUUUAUGAUGCUAUUUUAUAUCAUUACAUUUUUGGAAUAAAUUAGUUUUAAAUCUGA